CUCUCGAACAAAAUAUGGCGGACGCGCGGAACCGGAAAGUUGCGUAAGCACUCACGAUCCUGUACUUUUGGCUUUACAGUUCGAAAUUAAGUAUGUUACGACAAGGUAUUAAUCGAUUGGGAACUUUUAAUAAAUGCCUCGCAUUUGUUUGGCCUGCAAGAUUUGCCGCGCGUUCACAGGUAAGAGAAUCAAGACAAUUCAAACUCGCUUUGAAGUUUUUGAAGUUUUUGAAGGUUUAUGGGAUGAGCCAUUUUUAUGCCGACCCCCCGUCCUACUAUGGAUUAGUGUCCUCGGUAGAUAACUAGAAGGAAUCUGUUUUGAAAGUGUUCGGCAGAAACUUAGGGAGGUAGCAAAGGUUUUUUCAAAGGGUUCAGAUUAGAAAUGGUGAAGUGGUAAGAAUCUGCUCAUCCAUAGGAGGGGGGGGGGGGGGGGGGAUUUGGGGUGGAGUGGGAGAAAGAGCUCGAAAUUUAAAUGGUACAUCCCUAUGUUCAUUCCCUGACAUGUUCAACUCAUCAGAGAAAUUUUCAGGAUAGCCUGCAUAGCUGGCGGGUUUUUUUGUUGUGGUUCGUAAAGUAAGAGAUUCAGCUACACGAAGCUGAACUGAGGAUGAAAAAGAAAAUGAUGGGGGAGGGGGUGAGGGGUUCUCACUGCCUUUCUCCCCUUGCCCCCUCCCCCACCAUUUUGUUUUGACCUCGGUUCAACUUUCAUGUAGCUGUAACUCUUACUUUGCGAACCACAAAAGAAAAAAUACAACGAAAAACCACCAGCUAUAUAUACAGGCUACGCUCAGGGAUAUCAUUUGAGAUGAAACAUUAAAACUAUAACUCACUAUUUUUGUUGUUGGUGGUGUUUCUCCUCCAAGACUUUGCACUGAUCAUCAGUUUCCAUGGCCGAGAACAAAACUACAGUAACUAAGAACAAAACUCCUUACCUUAAUUAUCCUUUUUCUCCAAGCAGUAGGUAUAUACCCUUGUAUCUUAUACCCCCCCCCCCCCCUGCCUGACUCUGGUGUGAAAUCCUCUUACUUAGCAACCACGCUCAACCUAUAUAUCCUGAUGUGAUUGUACAUCAGUUGACCUUACUAGUAUAAUCUUGUUGAAUAAUAAAUUGAUUAAUAUUGUAAAUCCUUGAAUAUAUACUUGGCCUCCACUCUUCCUUCUGCCUCCGAUAAUCGCACAUCUGGCUCUUACAAAUGCACUUGAUAAUUUAUAAAGCUUUUGUGCUUUUGAAAUAGUAUACUUUUUCUAGAUCUGUAGUCCUUAGAUCAUCUAUUUCAUGGAAGAACCUUUCCUCGGCCCCAUCCACAGCCUAGGAACUGGCUUUCAUUACAUUUUUACCAAGCUUCAUUAAUUUGUUUAUCUUAUCAAUUGAAGGUGAAGCCAGUCAAGACAAACUAUCUUCAAAGAAGAAGCCUGAUAAGCACUUUAAGAACCCCAUUACGACGUGCUGAAAAAUCAUCCAAAGAAGCUAUAGAUGAUGCUUUUAAGAGGUCAGCUAAGAGAGGACCAAUAACCUGGGUAUCACUGACACUUGUGGCAUUGACUGGAGGGGGCCUUCUUCUUUAUGUACGGCAUCUUAAGGAGGAAAAAGAGCAAGGUAAAGUUUGGAUGCAUUGAUUCCUACAGCAAUUUUUCUGUUUGUAACAAUCAGGGCUGUCAUUAAGAGGCGGGGGUGGGGAUUUCCCCUGGCAACUAAGAACAUGGCCCCCGGCUACUUUCAUAGGAAAAUAGAACAAGAAUAGAACCAAACGAAAUCCCUAGCUGUUUGAUUUCCCACCUACUUGUUGUAUUUACCAGGCAAGUUGAAAUCUUGGUGACAGCCCCGAACAAUUAAUCUCCAAUCAGAAUAUACUUUCUUAAAGUCCGUAAUUCUUUUUUUUUCUGGUUGGUUAUGCCAUUUUAAAGGACUUUUUAUACCUGUUUUACACAAAAUUCACCGGUCUUAAAUUCCACCUGUGAUGUCAUGAGAAUAAUUGUCAAUUAAUUGAUCAAUAGCAGAGGGAGUGAUAUUUUAUGCCACUGCUGGUGCAGGGUAUGUCAAUUAGUUUUUUCCUGUGAAUUUACAACAUGACUGAAAUCCAUUCAGGUAAAACAAGUGGGUUCACAACCUUGUUGAAGCUUGCUUCUCUCACUUUUAAGACAGUCAGAACAAAAUUCAACAAGAAGUACGGACUGCCAAACUCUGGAUAUAGUUGUGCACAUGCACAGGGUACAGUGUAAUGGUACAAUGUAGUGGAGUGUAUAGUUGCAUCUGCCCCUCGCUGAAUUUUAGUAUCAGUCAUGAAUUCAGUUGUAGAACACUUGCUGGCUUAAAAGCUGAUCCCUUUUUCAUACACUUGCUGAGAACUACUAAUGAGAACUGUUCUGCAUUCCCCUUGCCAACAGCUUAUUGGAGUACUUUUGCACUUUCCUCGGCAGUUGUCUUUGGCUGCCAGGGUUAUAUGUUAGGCUACAAUGUGUGCCACUGGGUUGCCACCACAUAUAUCUGUUACAGGUCAAAAUUAAAGUUUUUCAACCUAGGUUGACUCUCAAUUUUCUUUACAAGUCUCUGACCUAGCCCAGAUUAUUCAGGAAUUAGGGCUAGGAGAAAAAAAAAAUUGAAAAACAACUUACCGGUAGGUUGAAAAAUUUUAACUUAAAUUUAAUUUUGACCUGUUUCACAUCCAUUUGUAGUAUAACAACAACAACAGUGACUCUAUUUGCACCCAACAUUACAUUACUGACAAUAUUGCAGAUUUGAUAUAGAAAUUGUAUUAAUAAUAAUGAGAGGAGCACAGGCUGCCCCAAAUAACCAUAUGGGCUAAAGAAAAAGGGCAAUCAUGAGCAAUAUUCUUGACCAGUAUUAUUGAUAGGAAUUUUGAUGACAAAUUUAUUUUGCUCUCUUAGAAAAAGAAAAGGCAAAAAAGAAGUCGAUAGGGAAGAUAGCUCUUGGUGGACCGUUCAGUUUAACAGAUCACGAUGGGAAAGCAGUCACUGACAAGGAUUUCCAUGGCAAAUGGAUCCUUCUGUAUUUUGGUUUCACGCACUGUCCUGAUAUCUGUCCUGAUGAAUUAGAAAAAAUGGCAACAGCGGUUGAUCUGAUUGGUAAAAAAAAUAAUUCAUUAUUUAUGACAGAAGGCCCUGAUAGAGUUAGGAAAUUAUGUGGGAUUUCACUUGUAGGCUUGUUAUAUUAGAUAAUAAUAAAUUUAUUCCUUCUUUUAACUUGUUUAUUAUUUGAUUUUUUACACACGUGACAUAAACUCGGAAAAUUCUUAAAUAUAACAGGAAAUGGAAACAAAAGACAGUAACCAAAGUGAUGCCAAAAUUGAUCAGUAAAUUAAUGGCAAGGUAGCUAAUAUUGCAUCAUGAGGUAAUGAAGAAUAAAAUUAUCUUUUGGAAUCUGGUUAUUAGAAUUUCUGUCAUUAGUCUGAAUUGGAGGGGAUCUCACUUCAUAGAACUGUUUAAACCAACUUGACAUAUCCAAAAAAAUCUUGUAGCACCUCAAAAGGGUACUGAUUGGGAAAAUUUCUCAUGAACAGUCACAUGACUGUCACAAGAAUUCAAUCAACAGUCUUGAUACUGUUAAAAGUGAUAUCACUUGCAUUACGGUACUUCAGUAAGGAGGCAUAUGUGAAACUACUUUAGUUGAAAAUCUGCAAAUACAUGUAUCACCUUACCCCUGUAUUAUGUCAACUUAAGCCCUUGCUUCAUAAUAAUUAUUUAUUAUGGUAGAUAAAAGUGCUUUUCAAGAGUUAUCAUAAUUUAUCUGUUGAAGAAAUUGUCGUUGAUGGUAACUGACGUAAUUUUACCUGUUUUUAUCAGAUAAAAACACAAAGCAGCUAAAUGCAGAGCUCCAGCCACUCUUUAUCACAGUCGAUCCACUAAGAGAUGACGUGGAAGCCGUCAAGCAAUAUGUCAAAGGUGAUGCUUUGUUUUCAUUAUACAUUUACCAUAAUUUAUAAAUUUUAUUUUGCCAGGGUACAGUUCUAUGAUGGAUGAAGUUACAUGCCUUCUCUUUUAGCUCCCUCCUCUGACCCUUGCAUUCAAUGUUAAAUAGCUUUACAUCAUGAUCCAUUAGCCUUGUAGCUCUUCAAAACCUCUAAUUUAAUAUUGGAUUCCUACUUGUAUAUGUCGCAGCUCUUUUUUUGUUGGGCUGGGUUUCAUUGUUAACUUUGUUUGUUCAUCGUUUUUCCAACCAAUCCCGCGAGGUCUUCCGAGAGCUGCGAGGUCGUCCCUUAUGAGCACACUACACCAGUUUUACAGACUGUAUGGCCAUGUUGUUUUAGUGCAAUGACUACAACCUGGAAAAAAUGAAUCCACCUUCCCAACUUUCUGUGUGUGCACAACUUCACAAGCUACAAAGCUGACUGUAGUGCACCCCCUGAAGUUUUCUCAACCCAGUAGACAAGUUUCUGACUUAAGAAAUUCUUUUUUCUUUGUUCUAGAGUUUCAUCCCCGUCUUCUUGGUCUAACAGGCACCCAAGAACAAGUAAAACAGAUUUGCAAAGCGUACAGGGUCUACUUCAGUGCAGGACCUGCUGAUGAGGACAAUGACUAUAUUGUAUGUAGUUACUACACUCUGAUAAACUGCUAAAUUCUCCUUUGAAUAAUUGCCACAUAUUUGCUUGUGAAGUUAAUGUUACAUUAAGAAUCAGUUAGCAGGGCUGUGCCCUAGUAGUGCCUGCUGACCCCUGAUGCCUUCCUUUGCUCUUAAAUGCUAGGCAUCGUGGGUUUCAUAGAUAACUCUUGAGCGCUGGGCUCCAAGCCUGUGGAACAGGUGCUUUUUUUUCACAAUUUUCAGGUAGCCAAAGGAAAUCACAAAGAGAGCGUGGAGUGCAUUAAGACACAUGUGACACAGGAAGGCUUUGCGUGCCUGAAAAAAGAGACAGUGAAAUCGGGCUCCUCCCUACAAUUUUUCUUAGAGCACAGCCUUGCUAAGGGUUCUACUUCUUUAUUUGAAUGAUAUUAUCCAACAUUGUACUGCAGUAAUAAUUUAUUACUCAGAAAACCACUGCAGCAGUACUUUAACAAAUUCUAAGCAUGUCAAUGCAGUGUUUAUUAAUAAGUUUGCAGUUAAGGGUAGUGAUAAUUCAGUGGUGGUGCAUAUUCUGUGGAAGUGCUUGUUCAAGCUUAUGCAAUAUUUCAUGGUUUAUCCUGAAAGAUUUAAGUAAGCUGCAGACCUACUUCUAGGAGACUGCUUUUUAUGCAUUCUACAGCAAUGCCCUUUAGAGUAUUAUUAAUGCCGCCACCCGCCCCCUCCCCCCAAGAAAAUCCUACUAACCUUCAACUGUACUGAUACCAUAACAACUGUCCAUACUCAAAAUUUUAGUAAUUGAUUAUAAAAAUACUCUAUUUUGCUGCCAUUCUUGAACCACAGUAGUCUAGAAAUUUAUUAGUGAGAUCAUGUAAAUCAUUGCAUUGUUUUUCUCUGUAAUUCACAGGUUGAUCACACAAUAAUUCAGUAUCUUGUGGAUCCUUCAGGUGAAUUUGCUGAAUAUUUUGGACAAAAUAAAACAGCAGAAGACAUUGCUGCAGGGGUUACAAAGCACAUGAUUUCAUACAAGCUUGGGCAGAAGAAAUGAUAUGCUUGUGAUUUUGUCCAGUAAAGGAUAUAACAUCAAUAAUAAGGGGAGUGAUUCCCCGGAUCAGUGGUUCGUUAAAGAGACAACAAAUCAAACCGAAGGAGCUAGUGUGCAAUAUCAUCAUGUGAUGACUCCAAAGUUAAAUUUAAAUCCGGUUGUUAUUUAUAAGGAGUAGUUCUCAAGGGAAAUUGCAGAUGUGUGUGGAAGCUGCCUGCAUAAAAAAAAACUAUGAGAACAAUGAGAAGCUGUUUCGUUCCUGUAAAGUCAACACAUAUUUAAUUAAUGUGACUGUAUCAUGCCGCACUAGAAGAGGGCUAAAAAAUUCCUUCUGGUCAUGCAGGACAAGUAGAUUUUCCUGCUGGGCAAGUAACUUUUAAUAUUCACUUGCCUAAUGGGCAAGGGUCUGAGCAAGUUUUCUUCUAACCAAAUCAUUAACUAAGACAAGCAGGAAGUGGCCUCAGGCAAGCAAAUUGUGAGAAGUCCUUGCCCAAAGGACAAGCUGCAAUUCAAGUGUUUUUUUUUUUAACCCUGUAGACUGCUAUCAGAAGCUGAU